UGUCCAACAUGGCUGCGUCCAUGGUGAGGAGCUGCUGUUAUGUAUCGCGGCAUGGCUCCUCUUGUCUCCUUAGACGAACACGUACUUUCCUCACACUGAAGUCUAAAUUUCACUGUUCUCCUCCUGCACUCAGCGGCCUGCUCUUCUCCCUGAAUAAACGCGGGAUUCUGAAGGAGUCCUUCCCAGAAAACGCAGCGCAGGACCAGCUCCCCCGGCUGCUGCAGUCCGGAGCUCAGACCGUGUACUGCGGCUUUGACCCCACGGCCGACAGCCUCCAUGUGGGCAACCUGCUCGCUAUCAUCGGCCUGCUGCACUUCCGCAGCGCCGGGCACCACGUCCUGGCGGUGCUCGGAGGGGCCACGGCUCAGAUCGGGGACCCGAGCGGGAAGACCAGCGAGCGGGAGCGUCUGUCCGCGGACACCGUGGGGGAGAACACCCGCAACAUCCGGGAGAGCAUCCAGAGGAUUUUCACCAACCACGAACUGCACUUCCACGACGGCUCCAGAAAACUGGGCAACGUGACGGUACUGAACAACCUGAGCUGGUAUAAGAACUGGGGCGUGGUGGGGUUUCUGUCGGAGGCCGGGAGGCACUUCAGGAUGGGCACCAUGCUCAGCCGCCACAGCGUGCAGUCCAGGCUGAGGAGCGCAGACGGUAUGAGCCUGACAGAGUUCACCUACCAGGUGUUCCAAGCUUAUGACUUCCACCACCUGAACCAAAUAUACGGCUGCAAGAUUCAGCUCGGAGGCACCGACCAGCUGGGCAAUUUGAUGUCUGGCCAUGAGUACAUUCACAAAGUGACUGGUGAGGAGGUGUAUGGCCUGACCAUCCCCUUGGUGACCAGCUCUGUGGGGGACAAACUGGGGAAAACGGCAGGAAACGCAGUGUGGCUCAACAGAGACAAGACUUCACCUUUUGAACUCUACCAGUUCUUCCUGAGGCAGCCUGAUGCCAGUGUGGAGGGGUACUUGAAGUUGUUCACCUUUGUGCCUCUGGCGGAGAUAGAGAAGCUAAUGGAGCAACAAAGAGAAGAUCCAAGUAAACGCCUUGCACAUAAACGACUGGCUGCAGAAGUGACAAAACUGGUGCAUGGAAAGGAAGGCCUUGAGAGCGCUAAGAGAUGUACCAACGCUCUGUACCACAGCAGUGUGCAGGCCUUGGAGGAAAUGAGUGACGAAGAACUGCAGGAACUCUUCAGGGAGGCUCCAUUCCAGGAACUGCUGUUGGAACCAGGGACCACUGUGAUAGACGCCUGCCGCAAAGUCAACGCCAUCCCUGAUGGUCCCAGAGGGUAUCGGAUGGUCGCAGAUGGAGCGGUGUGGCUCAAUCACAAGCGGGCAGACAAACCGGAGCAGGUACUGAUCCCCAAACUCCACAUCCUGUCUAAUGGACUCACCCUGCUCAGAGUGGGAAAGAGGAACUUCUACAUCAUCAAAUGGCUCAGUCUCUGAGAUCGAUCAAGCCUCCACGAUACUGUAAUGGACGGACUGGGAAGGUAGGAGACCACACCUCAGCAGGGUCAGUGAGGAGCCCGUGAUGGACUGAUAUUUUCUUGGGUUUUUGCUGGUGCGUAAACCCUUAGUGAUUUCUUGCUGUUGUUAUAUAAAUAUGUACAUGUACAGAUGUGAUGUAUAUCUAAAGCUAUGGUAUUAAAAAGCAUUUGAUAUAAA